UCGCCCGGCCUGAUGCAGGAAGUUUCAGGUUUGUUUCGGUUUUAAACGGGAGCACAGUGAAGCCAUGGACAGGCUCAUGUGUAUAGUGUUGAUUCUAAGCUUUCAUAACUUGUGGAAAGGCCUCGACGCUGUGGAACAAGGUGUGCUGAACUUUGUGGUGCUUGCAGACUGGGGUGGGCUGCCUUUUCCUCCUUACUACACUGCUCAAGAGAAAGCUAUUGCUGCAGAGAUGGAUAGACUGGCCCAAUCCGAGGGGGUGGACUUUGUUCUCAGCCUUGGAGAUCACUUCUAUUUUAGCGGCGUCAAGGAUGUGGAAGACCCACGCUUCAAGAACACGUUUGAAGGUGUCUUCUCGCAGCCAUCUCUACUGGAUAUACAGUGGUACCUAACUGCUGGAAACCACGACCAUAUCGGCAACAUCUCAGCACAAAUGGCUUACUCUAACAUAUCCCACCGAUGGAAUUACCCAGCUCUUUAUUACGAUCUUCAGUUUACUGUUCCACACACAAACGUGUCAGUGAGCAUCCUGAUGAUUGAUACGGUGGUGCUCUGUGGAAACACCAAUGACCAGGUCCAGCCUGUGGGACCAGAGGACUCCACGGCAGCAGCAAACCAGUGGAACUGGAUCAGUGCUAAACUGGCCAGCAGCAGGUCUGACUAUGUGGUGGUGGCUGGUCAUUAUCCUGUGUGGUCUAUUGGCAAUCACGGACCUACAGCCUGUCUAGUCGACAAACUACGGCCUCUGCUGAAGAAGUACGGAGUCACCGUUUACCUGUGUGGCCAUGAUCAUGAUCUGCAGUUCAUCAGAGAGGAUGAUGGGAGCUCGUAUGUUGUCAGCGGGAGUGGGAUGGUCAGUGAUCAUUCCACUCGUCACAUCAGCAGUGUCCCUCCGUCCUGGCAGCUCUUUUCCAGUCCUGUCAAUCACACAGCAGGAGGCCUGGCUUUCUUCCAAGUGACUGAGCGUCAGAUGACAGUCAGUUACAUGCAGACAGAUGGGAAAUGUGUUUACCAGGCUGAGCUGCCAAAACGCAAAGUCUGAGGCCGCAGAGAUCGGUAACCAUCAGGAGCAGCCAUGUUUGUUCAUGUGCUGCCCAGCUUUGUGUCAUGUACUCUGGCACUCUGUAAAUAUAAAACCUUCAUUUUAAUUACAACUUUUAAUUAUUGUGAAAUUAAACAGCUGUUUAAUCAAUAACAGUUUCAAAUGCAAUGCUUUUCACUUCUAAUCUUUAUGAAUAGAUCAGCGUGUAUGUGUACAUACCUGCAUAUGAAUAUGUAGGGAAAUAUAUAUGAUGCCACAUCACAACAGCAGCCGCUUCAAGGCACUUUAUAUU